AUGGCUGUCACGUCGUCCAGCCAGUCCACCCCAGACGUCCGGUUCCCAAUUGUCUGCACGGCAGACAUUGAGGCCGAGAUCUUGAGAGACCUCCUCUCCGGCGACAAACUCGUACUGGUGGCCAAGAGGGAUCUCUGGGAGCUGAUAACGAAUCGAGAUGACGACAGGCUUGAGUCGUUCAUAAGCCCGUUCACUGAGGACAUUCCAGAUGCACACGACUGUCUCUGCGAAUUCAUGGAUGCGGUCAAGUCGAGAGACUAUGGCCACAUCAGUCACAAAUCCUUUGUCAUUCUCGACGACACUACAGACGAUGAUGGAACGACUUGCCAGAUCGCAGUAGAUGGACGUGAGGAAGAGGAGAGCAAUGACAUCCACAUCGCUUUCCGGUGCGAGCUGGCUUCAGCCGCCGACGCCCUCGCAGCCAUCCAAGCAUCCUCCGAGAAUCAGCUUACAAAAGUCGUGCGCGACUUGCGAAACGAGGCCACCAUGAUCGGUGGAGUUUGGAGCAAACAGAGGGCAGACGAGUUUAGAUCUAGACCUAGUCACAUAGACACGGGGGACUACCCUCCCCAUCAAGACUGGGGCACAGAUGGAGAUGCAGAAGGUCGAGACACAGACCCUCCCUGCAUCCCCAUCUUCCAAACCGCAAAAACUCUGAACCAGUUCCUGGAAGAGACUUACGAUCAGGACUGGGGCGACGAAGAAACCGCCACACCCCACAUGGCCUUUGUCACCUCCCUGAGAGAAGCACCAUUUCACUCGGGCAAAGCGGGCAAUUUCCAAGAAUCAGCACCGCAAGUGCCGCCCGCCUUGCUCGGAGCCUCCGCCGUUGAAUGCGACGCCAUCGUGCGCAGUCUAUUCCCGGGUGAACCAGAGACGAAUUGCAACUUGUUCAUUGCUCUAGAUGAGUUCACUGAGACGGAGAAGACGGUUAUCGUCGCGUCCAACAGGGAGCUAGAUGGCCAGUUACUGCUGGGAAGGGCCGACUUUAGGUCCGCCUUGGCCGUCCUGGUGGCGCCGGCAGACACCAGACUGACUGUGGAUAGCCAGAUCAACAGGGCCGUUGCUGAGGGACCGGGCGUCAUACGUGACGACUGA